UUGACGCCUAGCAACACUAAAAGUUUGCGUUGCUUUUUUACGAAAAUAUUCGAAAAAAGGACGCGAAUCCUGGCGAGCAACGGCCAGGUGGGAGCCGCAACCAUGCUCAAGUCGCUCAAACCGGACACGUACGCCGGGAUGGCGAACGCCAAGUGCGGCGAGAUCUACUUCCAGAGCCUGCACAGCUUCCGCAUCGACUGUGCGUUCUGCGAGAUGAAGAGCUUUGUGUUCGGGGACUUCCUGCUGCACGUCCAGAACGUCCACUUCGAGAACGGGCUGCUCAAGACAGAGGCGGCGGACGCGGACCUCAAGCAGGAGCGGGAGCACGCCUCGCCGGUGCCCAUUGUGGCGCAGGUGAAUCCGUUCGCCUGGUACGAGAUUGGCGGCGACCAGGAGGACAGCGAGGACGAGCAGGGAGCCCUCGAGGAGCAGGACGAGGAGGAGGAGGAGCGACCCGGCAGGACCAUCAUGAAGUGGGACAACACACAGGCGGGCACAGCAACGAGUCACGAAUCCCUGCGCCAAGUCAGAGCCUUAAAGGUGGACUACAAGGAGGAGGACUCCGAGCAGGAGGAGUGCGGCAUCAACCUAGACCUGGACAUCGAAACUAGGCAAUGUCUGAAGCCACCUCACCACUGCCCGCACUGCACGAAGGUCUACCAGAGUCGCAAGGUCCUGGAACGCCACAUAAUGCGUCAGCACAAGGAAGCCCUUCCCCCAGAGGCCGACAGCGAGGAUGCGGACUACGAGCCGCCCAAGGAUGCGCCCGCUACCAAGUCGUCCGCCCAGGAGCACAAGUGCGAGCACUGCGGCAAGAUCUACCAUGGGAAGUACAGCCUGAGGCAGCAUUUAAAGCGGGAUCACGACAACGGCGAGGAGGGAGGCUCCGCCACCUUCACAUGCCUGGAGUGCGAGGCCCAGCUGCCGCGCCUUCGCCUGCUGGACGAGCACAUGGUGCAGGCGCACGGCGGGGCGGCCUGUGUGGUGUGCGGCCGGCGGUACAAGACCCGCCAAGAGCUGAAGCGCCACCAGCUGAAGCACACCAGCGAACGAAACGUGCCCUGCCCGCAUCCCGGCUGUGGCAAGCGUUUCUUCACCGUGCGCCACAUGCGCAACCACGGCAAGGUGCACACGGAGCAGAAGAACUUCGUCUGCGAGAGCUGUGGCUACAGCUGCCGGAACAAGGAGACGCUGCGCGUCCACAUACGGAGUCACACGGGCGAGCGGCCCUUUGGCUGUCAGGUGUGCCACAAGCGAUUCCCCUCCCACUCCGGCCUGCGGGAGCACAUGGCCAUGCAUUCCACGGAGCGACCGCACGUGUGCAGCGUCUGCGGAGCCACCUUUUCGCGGCAGAAGGGCCUCUACCAUCACAAGUUCCUGCACGCGGACACCAAGCAGUUCGUGUGCAAGCUGUGCGGGAAUGCCUAUGCCCAGGCGGCCGGACUCGCCGGACAUAUGCGCAAGCACCGGAACGACGAGCUCAACGGGUAGGAUCAUCGGGAUCGUGGGGACAUAGUUUAAGUUGUACAAGUGUUUUGUAUCUUCCAUUUUCGACGUUUAAGUUUAGGAACUCAGGCAUAGGCUAUAGAAGACAGCUAUAACUAAUGGUUUUUUAUU